CUCAACUCGGACAGGCUGUCCGGAAGCAACACACCCUAAUUUGCCUGUCCAUUUUUGCCGUGCUACGCCGAGUCCCAGAUUGCCCUACAUCGCAUGACGCCCGUAACAUUCCAUGAGCUUUGCUACGCUCAGUAUCCUACUGUUAAUUCACCAUUCUUCCAUAAUACACGCUCAGCUAAUUUCGACGCUCAGUCCCCAGUCUUGCUCUGCCUCUACUUUCAAAAUUAUCAGGCUAUUGAAGGUGUGAAUCUACACAAUAAUCCGACUGCAAAGAUGCCCAUGACAAUGAGAUGUAAAGGUGUUACAAAAAGAAAACUCGUUGGUGGUGGGAGUGCAAGUGUGGAUAAGACAGAAAGUAUUUCUGAUGUUGAUGAUAGUGAAGUUGUUGGAUACCUUAACACCAAAGAGGAGAGAUAUUACAAGAAAAUUAUAUGGGAAAAAAUAAAUCAGCAGUCUGCUGUGUAUAUGGCACAAGCAAAGGCGUGCAAGAAAGACACUGAAGCUAAGAAAGAUAAAUCUAGGAAAGCUACUGCCAAUAACACCAAUGCAGGAGAGAGAGAGAUACGAAGCUCAAUAAUCAAUUUUGCUGCCCUGAAUCAACUAAAUGAUGAAUUGCAAACUGUCUGGAUGAUCUGGAGGGCGCACCCUCAGGGAUAUGGCGCAUCAUUUUCUUUUCUUGGAUUGGCCAGAAUCAAGAUCUUGGAGAAGCUGUAGUAGGAGGUGCUGGAACUCCGUCCCCUAAAAACAGUAGUAGUUCAGAUGCAAAAUUCCUAAUAGGUAAUGAACCCAACGAUACGUACUCUGAUUACCUACAUGUAGAGGACCAAUCUUGUGAAGAAGAUGAUGAUGCAUUGACAAAUAAAAACUUUGGGUUGCUUGAUGAAUAUGACUGCGUAUAAAAACUAGGCCAACUGAGGACGUGCUUGAUACCCACAUUUUAAGAGCAUUCACAAAUCCACAACAAUGGUGUCAAGUUCUUAGUUCAUAAUGGGUCCUAUAUUGUCGCAACAUCAAUGGACAAACUUAUAUUUCCUCCGUCCUGUUUUGUAUGAUACACUUUCUUUUAGGGUUGUCCCAUAAAUAUGUAACACUUUCCUUUCAGAGAGCCAUCCUUGAAACCCUUUUUGUUAAGGUGAUCCAUGUGUGAAAGUCUUCAUACGGUUAUGGAUGAAUCAACAACCGAGGGUGGCUCCUAUGCCAGAGAUUCCGAUUGAUUAGUAUUUUACAAUUUAUUAUAAAAUGUAUUUGAUGUUUUAAUUUUUCCCUCAAUUCUCUAUUGUAAUUUGUAAACUUGUAGUUAAUAUUUCAAAUAAAUAUACAUUCAUUU